AUGAAGUUAAUCUUUACAUUAUUAGUAUUGGUUGCUUGUGUUGCUGCAAGACAACCAUGUCAACAAUCAAAGGGAUACACCACCCAAUUCGAAUUGUCAGCAUUCAACACUUUCUUCCCGACUGGCUCUUCCAACGUUGCUCUUUCAUUCUAUGAAGCUGGUAACACAACAACUGAUUUCGAUGGACAAAGAACUCGUAGUGAUUGGAUUAUCAUUAUGGAGGGACAACCACCAAUGGUUGGAUCGAUCUGGGAGUUCGGGCAAACCGGUGAGGGUUACGUUUACCAAAAUGGAAUCUGUGUCAAGAUGUCCUUGAACUAUCCAAUUCCAGCUGGAUUCCCACUCCAAAACUUUGUUGGUGUCACAAGAAUCGGAAAUUUCCCAGUUGAGGUCUACACUGCCACCGGUGUCUCACCAUCUGUUUUAACCAACCAAACCUUCCUCUUUGAUCCAAAGAGCUGUUCCGUCGUAUCAUCAACUCUUCGUAACGCCGAUGCAGCCAACCCAGGUUUCGCCGUCAUGAACUUCUUCAACUACGAGAACUACUUUAUUGAAUCAUGGUUCGAUUUGCCAGCCGAGUGCACUCAAUCCAGUGUUACCAAGAAUAUCCCACACGCUGUCAACCCACACCACACCAACUUCCUCAAAUACAGUGCAUCUGCCUAA